AACUAAACCAAACGAACCCUUACCCACCAUAACCGCACGCGGCACGCACCGUCCACCUGAUCCGGAGUGCGGAGUUCGUUCGACCAUCGAGAUCCGCGCUUCAUUCCAAGGCGGUGAGAAGCACAGAACCAGGAAGGUCGCCUUUUGAUUCCCUGCUGUCGAGAGAACGGACCGAGGAUAGCAAUGGAGGACAAGAAUCUGCCGCCAGACUCGGCCGCGAGUAUGGGCAUGGAGGUGAGCGAAGACUCCUCAGGCAUGUCGCGCGAGGACUGUAUGAAUCGAAUAACGAAAAGUCUUAAAGAUCCCACGGUGAGGUUUUUGCGAGACCAGAUGGAGAAGGCAGGAUGCCCUGUGUGGGUGAGGCUCCUCAUGGCAGCCAACUGCAAGAAUCAAGGCCUUGCAGGAGGCUACUCGAGUAGAAAUGGGAUCAGGGCCAACCAUCUAAGUGGAGAUUGCCACUAUAAGCGGGAAAUGCUGCGAGGGUUCAUGAAAAUACGAGGUCAUGAGCAAGAGUGUGUAAAAAGGCGAGCUCUGAAGUCUGUCAAAAAUAAUCCAUACUGCUCGGAAGCUGCUGCCAAAGAUGCCAUUGCAGCUGUCUGGGAUAUAUGCUAUGAAGACACAUCUCCAUUUGAAAGGGCCCCGUAAAUGCUUCUUUGAAGCUUCAGCUAUCAUUAUUCUUCUGAAAUGAAGAUGGUAAGAUGCUUAUUUGUUGCGGUAUGAGAAAGAUGAUCAUCAUUUCUGAACGUGAAGGUUCGGAUGCCCCUUUAUUUUUCAUAUGAUAGUAAUGUAGAAUGGAUCAUUGUUGGAAACCUCCAUUUUCUUUUUUGUUUAUUAAAUGUGUGCCAUUACUUCCUAGCCGUAAGCUGAGUACUGAUUAACCUUGAGUACUAAUUGAGUACUGAUUUGCAUAAUUUUGAAGCUCCUGAACUAGAUGCUGAAAUGAGAGCCGAUGACUCGAUGAACGAUUCUUUUUGACAAGAUUACUUUCAGCAAUUUACAGAGAAAGUGUUGGUCUAUGUGGUCAUCAAACCUUAAUAGAGAGCUGUAUCUAGUUAUGCAUUACUCGUGUCAACAAAUUUAUUUAUUUUAUGCGUUAGUCUCUUUGAGAAUGACUAAUUAUUGUUCUUUCAUUUAACAAAUUCUUGCCGAUUAGUUUAUAAUUGUAAUGUGGAAAA